UGGUUUUCUAGCCUUAGUUUGUAACUCGAAUUAUCUUGCUCUGUUUAACCAUUCUGCAAUGGCAAAGAGAAAUGGAAAUCCCCAAGUCCUGAUUGUGAGAUACAUAAUAAGAUGCCUCUUCAGGUUUGCCAAUGCUCACAAGGCAGUUGGGCAUGUUCUUACUUCAAAGAAAACAAGGUAUUUCAGCUUUAGGGACAAGCUCAUGGGCAAAUCAUGCGGUGCCCUCCCCACCGAUGUUCCAAAAGGUCAUUGUGCAGUGUAUGUUGGUAGUGAACUAUCUAGGAAUAUAAUCCCCACCAAGUAUUUGAAUAAUUCUCUGUUUAGGGAAUUGCUAGAGAGGGCGGAGGAAGAGUAUGGGUUUGACCAUAAGAUGGGACUCAUUAUUCCCUGUGAGGAAGUUGCUUUCAAGUAUCUGACAUCCAUGUUAGAGAAAAAGGACAUGAGAUUCAGAAAUAUGAAUCUGAAUGAGUUCAUUGAUUUCUACUCCUCCAGGGAGUGAGAUACUGGCAUUACAGAGUGUAAGCCUCUUCCGAUUUUGGUGCCAUAUCUGAGGACUCUUGCUUCCGCCCAUUUUGCUAAGAAUUGGCUGAGAAGAAAACAGACUCUCGAUAAGGGACCAAAGCCAUGAAAAACAUAGUUUUUUUGUGUCGAUGCCCAAUUGAGGCCACCUUUCUGGCAUUGUACGCAUCUGUACA